AUGUGCCACUUUCAGGUCUCCUCACACUGCUGGUGGGUUCCAUUUUGUCAUAGGGUGCUGGCAGAUUACGGGCCUCCCAUUGCUGCUGCCAGGCCCGUAAUCUGCCAUGGGCCCCUGUACCGCCUCCUCAUGCUGCUGCCAGGCCCGUAAUCUGCCAUGGGCCCCCGUACCGCCUCCUCAUGCUGCUGCCAGGCCCGUAAUCUGCCAUGGGCCCCCGUACCGCCUCCUCAUGCUGCUGCCAGGUCCAGAGUCUCUCAUGGGUCCCUGUACGGCCUCCCAUUGCUGCUGUCUCCAUCGCCACACUCUGCCAUGUGCCACUUUCAGGUCUCCUCACACUGCUGGUGGGUUCCAUUUUGUCAUAGGGUGCUGUAUGGCCUCCCAUUGCUGCUGCCUCCACCGCCACACUGUGGCUCCACACUCUGGUUUUGGCCCCGUGACUGCCCAAAUGAGUGAAGUGUGCGGUGAUUCUAAGAUCGACGGCACUCAUCUGCAUGUCAUACUGACUGACAGUAUUAUUUCUCUUCCCCAGCAGACUCCAAGGGCAUUUAAAUUAAAGGUACAGUGUUCUGCACUAAUAUAA